UCAGUUUCUUAAUAAUCAACCAAACAAAAAUAUAUGGGUAUACAAAGAUUUGAAGCAAAUGGCUAAUCAUUGUGAUGCAUCACCAAUCCUUAUAGACGUUGAUAAAUCUCUAUUUAACGAAGGAAAUUUUGAACCGAUUGGAAGCCAAACAAACAUUGCAUUGAGAAAUCAACAUUUUAAUUACAUGCUACAAUGGUUUGAAUUUUUUAGUUGGACCAGGGCCCUUAAAGUUUGA